AUGAUGCAAGCCAGGAAAGCCAGCUCCGGUUUCCGAUCCGAUCCGCGUCUCGUACCACGCAUUCGUGACGUUUGGCAAGCAAACGAAGCAUGUGAUGCAGAGGAUGUUGCCCAUUAUCUUCAGCAGACUUAUCCAGAAUAUGCACGACGGAAAUUUCGCGAUUUCUUGAAGUCAGUAGAAAUUGGGCUUGGAAAGAUAAAGAAUGCUAACGUGGUGGAUGGCGUGAUCGAUCUAACAAAUGAAUCGAAUGACAUGUCAACAAUAGAACGAAAGCGGAAGCUAAUGACAAAAACUAUGAAGAGGAUUAGUCCUACUAACGACAAACCAGAAGCUAAUCAAAAGAAGCAUCGAAAAUCAUAUGCAUCGUUUGGGUCGCUGUAUAAAGCAGACAUUAACGUAGAACCUAGUGCAUCGUACGUUACGUUCACAGAUAUCGGUGGUUGCGAACAACAAUGUUUGGAAGUUUGCAGUUUCGUCAUACAUCUUUUUCAUCCAGAAAUAGAUGAUCUGCUUGGAGUUACUCAUCCUACUGGCUUUUUGCUUCAUGGUCCUCCUGGAUGCGGAAAAACAUUGUUUGCUCAAGCUGUUGCAGGGCAAUUCAAUCUACCAAUUUUAAAAGUGGCAGUGACUGAAUUAGUUUCUGGAGUAUCCGGUGAAAGCGAGCAGAAAAUACGGUUAUUAUUUACCAAAGCGAUUGAAGCAUCACCGUGUAUCUUACUUUUGGAUGAUAUCGAUGCCAUUGCUUCAAAACGGGAUAACGCACAACGUGAAAUGGAGAGACGUAUUGUGUCACAGCUUAUUGCUUGCCUUGAUGAUCUGUCAAAUCCGAGGAAAGAUGUAGAACUGAACACGAACAGCAUAGAUAUCGAUAUUUCAGUUAGAAAGAUGCAUAAAGGAAAUCGAGUCCUCGUAAUAGGUACCACAAGUAGAGUCGAAACUAUAGACCCGGCUCUUCGACGAGCUGGUCGUUUUGAUAAAGAAAUUGCAUUGGGAAUCCCAGAUAAACGUGCCAGAUCGAAAAUAUUAGAGAUUGUUUGCAAAGAUCUUCGGCUGGAUGAGAGAGUAAUACUACAGGAACUGGCACGCCUUACUCCAGGAUAUGUGGGAGCUGAUCUUAAAGCUCUUUCAAGUCAAGCGGCAUCCUGUGCAGUGAAAAGAGCAGUAAACGGGAAAUUUGGAACACCAGGUAUAUGUAAAUAUGGGGAGAAAAAUAUUGGAGAAAUCCAGUUAGAAUUGGAAAAAAUGCUUACUUGGCUGCAAUUAUCACAACAAUUGGAUAAUAAUGAUUUCCGGGAAAUUCGUAUAACGAUGGAAGAUUUCAACAGAGCACUGGUAUUGGUGGACCCAUCGGCUAAACGUGAAGGAUUUGCCACUGUUCCAGAUAUUACGUGGAAUGAUAUUGGUGCUCUUGAAACUGUUCGCGAAGAGCUUAAAUGGAGCAUACUGGUUCCUAUCCAAAAACCCGAGCUUUUCCGUGAAUUUGGAAUGGAAAGCAAACCUCAGGGAAUAUUGCUAUGUGGACCACCGGGCUGUGGUAAGACGUUAUUGGCUAAAGCUGUCGCUAAUGAAAGUGGCAUGAAUUUCAUCAGCAUCAAAGGACCUGAAUUGCUAAGCAUGUAUGUUGGAGAAAGUGAAAGAGCAGUGCGUACCGUUUUUCAAAGGGCGAGAGAUUCGUCACCGUGUGUUAUUUUCUUCGACGAAAUUGAUGCACUUUGUCCAAAACGAACAAGCAGUGAGACAAGUGGCAGUUCAAGAUUGGUAAACCAACUGCUCACGGAAAUGGAUGGUAUAGAAAGCCGGAAAGAAGUCUUUCUGAUAGGGGCAACAAAUCGUCCGGAUAUUGUUGAUGGAGCUAUUUUACGUCCUGGAAGGUUAGAUAAAAUACUUUUUGUUGAUUUUCCAAAUACAAAAGAGAAAGAAGACAUCCUUUGCAAAAUAACGAAGAAUGGAAAACAUCCUCACCUGUCCGACGAUUUUUCUUACAAAAAUAUUGCUGCAGACCCUGCUCUCGAGUGGUUUACAGGAGCAGACAUAGCAGCACUUGUGCAUGAAGCGGGUAUUAUAGCUAUGCAAGAAAGCAUAUCUGGAAGUAACACAGAUGGAUAUCGUCGAGUUACCAUGAAACACUUCCAAAACGCGGCCCAGAGGAUAAGGCCAUCUGUCCCAGAAAAGGACAGACUUGUUUAUCAGAAGUUAAAGGAAAUGUAUGGAAAACUGAGAUCAGAAUAA